AUGAAUAAAUGGAAAUGGAUUGUCGGCACUAUCAUUGCCGUUGUUUUAUUGAUUUUUGCAUUCAUUGUCGGAUUCAAAUUGGGACAUAGAAUACGGCAUAUAGCGAUUAUUGGUGCUGGUGCAGCUGGAUCUUCAGCAGCUUUUUUCCUCCACAAACAACUUCUCACUCUAGGUGACAGAGAUAAAGUAGAAAUAACAGUUUAUGAAAAAGAGUCCAAAGUGGGAGGUCGAGCAGCGCUUAUUCAUCCUUAUAACGAUUCAAAAUACGAUCCAGCUGAGAUAGGUGCCUCAAUAUAUGCUUCUGUCAAUUUACAUCUGGUACGUGCCAUUGAACAAUUUGGUUUGAAUCCAGCAUAUCGUAUCAUUGAUGACAAUCAUGUAAGUUAUCUUUAUAAUGGGAAAACAAUACUUGUUGACAUGGAUAAUGUAAGUUCUAGAUACAAUCUAUUAUCUCUUACGAGAUUGAACAUGUUAACUGAAACCAGUGUUCACCAUUUUCUUCGUCUUUAUCAACGAAAUUUUCAACUAUUGAACGGACCAUUUCGAACCGUUGCAGCCUACGUCAAAGCAAUAGACUUAAAACCACAACUCAAUGAAUCUGGCUUCAGAUUUCUUGUGAAUAACGGGGUGGAUGAAAUGACUGUCAAUGAGUUUGUUGAUAGUCUUACACAAGGAACUUAUGGACAACAAGUAACGCAACUUCAUGCAGUUAUGACUAUAAUAGCUAUGGCUGGUAGAGGUCAAUCGAUUAAAGGAGGAAAUUAUAGAAUUUUUGGUAACCAUUUUAAAUCAUUAUUUUCAGACGUACGGGAUAAAAUUACUAAAGUCGACUAUGUUCAACAGCAUGUAACUUUAUUUACAACGAACGCCACUCAUUUAGGCUCUUCUUAUAUGAAAAUGAAUAUUCCUAUUUCUCUUCUUGUCACUCGAUAUCGUGAACGUCAGAAUAGUACUAACAAUCUUAAUCUCAAUCUCGAUGUAGAAUCGAUGCACUUUUCUACACUUCUCUAUCCACGCAAUGAGCGUCUUGUCAAAUUAUUCAGUCCCAAUUAUUUAGACGAUUCCAAACUCGUAGAAAUCGUUGGUAGUCGGGCAAAUAUCGGCUGGAUAUACAGAAAAAUGUGGUAUGCUUAUCCUCGAGCACCACCAAGAAAUGAUACGAUCUUUCCUCCAAUCAAUCCUGACAAAGGUCUAUAUUAUGUUAAUGCAUUUGAAAGUUUUAUUAGUACGAUGGAAACUCAAUGUGUAGCAGCACACAAUAUCAUUCGACUAUUUUUGAUCGAUUUCGGCUACGAUGAGAAAGUAGCUACGCUUGCCGAUGACUAUUGGAUUGAUACAGCAAUUUAA